AUGAAAACCAUCACCAGGAACCACGGCCAGCUCUGCAGGAGAAGGCAGGCGGCGGGGCACCCCAAGGCCGCAGGAGCGCCCAGACCCCACGCUCAGAGAGCCGCAGAGGCUGCAGGACACCACGCAGGCCCUAGGACCCGGGGCGGCAAUGGCCAGCACCCCCAGAGAGCCAGAGACACACCCCAGAUGGGCGGGGCAGGAAGGCCCGCCGCCCAACGCAGACGACCCAAGGGGCCAGCCGCGGGGGCCCGGCACCGCCCCUGGGGAGAGGACCAGCACCGCACCGGACGGGCCCGCACCAGGUGCCGGCCACCGGCGGGUGCCGGAGCGGACGGUAGUGUGAGCCCACCCAGGCCCGGGCGGAUGAGGCAGGCAAGGAGGCGGCGAUGCCGCAAGGCACAUGCCCCCAGCGCACCGGGAACCAGGGGACCGCGAAGGGCCCCCCGCCCGAACCCCCUGGGACGGGCCCCGACCAACAUACAGGAGAGAGCGGCCCACCAUGAGCAGUCAAUCCCCCAUCAGGACCCCAUAACAGAGGGCCAAAAAACCACAGCCAGUCAGGAGGCAGAACUCCAGCAGGAACCCACAGAGCCCCCAGGGCGCCACCCGGCCCACCUGCCACAGCAGAACCCCCCCCCCCCCCCCCGCGGGUGGCACCCAGCCCCCGCACCAGGAGAAAGGAGCAGGGAGGGACGGGGGGAGGAGGAGCCCACCCACCCCGCACCACCAGUGGCGGCGGAAACAGCCCCCCAGGGCGGACCGGCCACGCCGCCCCAGGCCCAGGAAACACAAGGAGACCCCGCCACCCCCAGGCACACAGGGCGAGGAGUCCAGAUGCACCCGCCCCCCAGGGGAAAACCGCCUGGCCCUGCGAUCCUCCACAGAGCCAGGGAGCAGACCCGGAUUCAAGGGAGAGAGGGUGCACCUAACACAUGCUUAAGGCCUUGA